UGAGAAAAUGCUGUCAUAUCACUGUCACUGUCAAUACCACAUGUUAAAUGAGGUUAUGUUUAGUGUUUACGUAAUUUUUGUUUGGUUCGAGGAAGCGAUUAUGCACUAAUUACCGGCUCAAAUCGGUUUGAUGUUAUGACAAUAGCCAGUAUGAGGGUCAAAUGUCGUAUGCUUCAUCGAUAAGUAGAA